AUCAAGGUAAACCGAAUGCCCACUCCAUAGAGCGAGUGUUUCGCGACGGGUGCACUCGAGGACUCGAGGAGUCAGUUCAGUACCAUUGCGCCGGUACCACCGUCCGUUUCUCGCAAAGAGCCCACAUUCUCAUUGAACUAUGUCUGAGUAAAGUGGACCCAAAUCGGUACAGUAGCCAUAGCAUUUCACUUUCGAAUCGAAUUGUUACACUUUUAUGUGUCUGAGUAGAACGGCGGCUCCGUGAUACAGGGUGUUUGCGUUGGCCCGUGCCCAUUCGACGGAAAAUGAAGGUUAUUUUUGGUGCGGUGUGGUGUUGUCUGUUGGUGGCGAAUUGUGUUGCUAAAGGCGAGCCAACAGUGCAAUGCACGAGAGACCAGAUGCGGGUCGAAGUGCCCCUUUUGCCCAACACGAAAAGCGUCUACAUCCAGGGGCUGCGCGACUACCCCGACCCCGCCUGCAGGCCCCAUACGGACGCCACUGGAAAAAUGGCGGUGCUUGAACUGGACCUCAAUGACGUUUACCGAUGCGCAGUAACACGCGUUGUGAAUAAACAAACGGGCAAGAAAAUCUAUUAUCAGACCCUCGUCGUGGAGCGUAUGGAAAACGACACGCGGGACACCCUCAACGUGAAAUGUUCCAUCAGCAAGGACCACGUGAUCGCUCGCAGGCAGGUUUUUCCACCUGGAUUCGUUGAACCCACCGACUUGGAAACGACCACCAGCUUGAUUGGGAUGGCGCCGCAGCCCAACAUCACUGUUGGCGUGCGCCAAUCAGGCAGGCUGGUCACUGGCGAGCUGAAUGUUUCGCCUGGCACGCCGCUCCAGAUGGAGAUUUCCUUGGAUUCGGAGUCCACGCCCAUCUACGGACUGCUCGUCACUCACAUGCAAGUGAGCGACACGAAAGCGCAAGAGGAGACCAUCAUCUACAACGGAUGUUCGGCCGAUCCGUAUCUUUUCGAGAACUUCAACACGGUGGACGGCGACAAUCUAGUGGCCAAGUUCAGAGCGUUUAAGUUUCCCGAAUCCACAUAUGUGCAAUUCAAGGGAACAGUGAACGUUUGCCUGGACAAAUGCAAAGGGGUGGAAUGUAGCGACGGUUCGAUCGGGUACGGGCGCAGAAAGCGAGCGAUUUCGGCCCUGCCGGCCGAUCCCAAUAAAAUCUUCGAGGUGACAAUCACGUCCUUCAUAAAAGUCAACUACGACGACGACAGCGAAAACUUGGAGGAGCUCGUGAAAAAACAAACCAAGAUGUACAACAAUAAAAAACUGAUCGUGGGCGAUCAGCGCACCGACGAUGUUCGAUUGUACGCGGAUGAGAACGGCGAGCCGCGCUUGGUGAGCGAGCUGAAGGAGGACCAAAAAUACACCGCCAUUCGGGCCGAUAGCGCCUCAUCAUCGCUCUAUGUGUGCACGCCGGUCUUAGUGAUGUUCGCCCUCAUCAAGCAUCUUAUUCUCGCAAUGUAAACCAGCUCUAACAAACGCAAUUAAACAAAAUUCCGCUAA